CUGCUAAUUAAUUCUAAAUUCUUUAUUUAAGACCACUAACGGUUUCGAGAGCUUCCUUGUCGGGAGUCAAAUUUUCGAAGUCUUCGUCAUGGAGAAACCAACAUCUCCGUCUUCCGAUCUAAACACCACCUCCGCCACAGCGGAGAACCGAACCUAUGUAUCGUCACCGCCGUCUCCACUUCAAUAUUAUCAUGACCAAGAUCUGACCACUGACUUCUCUUCCAUGUACAAAUUCAUUUUCUCACCAAAUUCUACUCUCCCUCACUCCCUUUCCGUCACCCCUUCCUCUUGCUCUUCCUCCGAUGACCUGAAGCUCGCAUCGAACAAUGUAGCCACCGAACACCGCCUCAACCACGCUCGUCUCAUCCUCGAGUGUCAGCAACUGAGCGACCACUUCGACCUUUGCUUCUCUCGCCUACAAGCUCUCAUGGGAGAGCUUGAAACGCUGCGUAUAGAGAACAUAGAUCUUCGGGUGGCCAAUACUGAGUUGAUCAAGCUAUUGAGCCUGUCGUCUCGAGCUGCCAUGAAUAACAGGAACCUCCAAUGCGAAAAACUUCCGGAUCUGAAGGAGAAAAUAUGGGAGAGAGGGAAGAAGAAUUCCCUUCCGAAGAGCGUUUCAUUCAGGUCACGUAGUUAUAAUCUUCAGGUGAACGGGCAACAGCAAAGAGUCGUAACUCCCUCGGUGACGCCGCGAGUGUAUGUAGAAUCGAUGGAAAGAAGAGAGAAGGGCAUUGAAAUGGAGGUAUACAAUCAAGGAAUGAUGAAGACGGAGCUAUGCAACAAAUGGCAAGAGACAGGCUCAUGCCCUUACGGAGACCAUUGCCAGUUUGCCCAUGGUAUCGCCGAGCUACGUCCGGUUAUCAGGCAUCCCAGGUACAAGACCCAGGUUUGCUGGAUGGUUCUCUCAGGCGAGGCCUGUCCGUACGGUCAUAGGUGCCACUUCCGUCAUUCCCUUACGGAACAAGAGCAACUAUUAAUUUCGCCCUAAUUCUUAUUAUUCAAGUAUAGAAUUAAUGUAAAUAUCUGAAUUCGAAGAUUUGAUACCAUGGGAAAAUAAUAAGCCUGCAAUGUCGUAAUUAUAGUGCAGUAAUAUUUAGUGAUCAGUGGAAUUUAUGUGUGAAAGGAACUGUUUUAUUGGUUGUACGUUAUGCGAGGGAAUUGUUUAUAAGAGAUUUUAUCUGUAAUGCAUGCCAAUAAAAU